AUUUUAUUUAUUUUUGCAAAUGGGAGGCUCGCCAAGUUGUCAGAUACCAGCAGUAAACAUGAAGGGUCCUGUUGCAGAAAUGGUGAAUGAGAAAGUGAAGAAUAAUUGUGUUGUAAUUUUCUCUAAGACUUACUGCCCUUAUUGCAAGAUGGCUAAGAAGGCAUUCAAUGACCUUGGCAUACCAUACGAAGUCUAUGAGCUAGACAAACAGUCAGAAGGGUCUGCAGUUCAAGAUGUCUUGGAUCACAUGACAGGACAGAGAACUGUUCCUCGAGUAUUUGUUGGUGGUGUGUGUAUAGGCGGAGGAACAGAAGCAAAACAACUGCACAAGGACGGAAAGUUGUUAGAUAUGGUAAAACAGUGUCAGUCAGCAUCAUAAUAUUAAACCAUCAUAACAGUUUGACAUAUUUGGGGAAACAACAAUUAAAAGAAGUAGAUUUUUCCCAUCUAAUAUAAUCUUCAGUACUGUAAACUGUUCUUUUGUUGUUUUCUAUGAUAUCUUAGUCUUAUUCAUACAAAAAGUAGGCAUAUAUUAUGCAGUGUACAUGUACUGUAUAUAUAUUUCUGUGGUGUUCUAAUUGGAUUUUCAAUGAAUAGUUUUCUUUUGAGAUUUACAAAUACUUUGAACUCAUUAUUAUCAUGUAUUGGAAGCUAAAUAUCAUGUAUCCAGGGAUGCGAAUUCACCAUUCAUCAGGGCUAGGGAAUUUAAAGUUUACUCUUCCAUAUAAUUUUAUACUAGCCCAUAAACAGGUAAAAAAAAAAAAAAAUAACACGCUUUGGCACUUCUUAUGUACUGUAUACCCAUAUAGACAGACUUUCUAUUUACUUGAUACAGGUAUUCCUUGUUAAUGUCAUAUAAUAUUUAGUACCAGAAACAAUGUAAAACAAUUAGCAAAUUAUAAUACAGUAAGUCCUCGCUUAACUCUGCCCCCGACAGCGUUGUUUCGUUAUAACAUCACUACUCUUUAGAUACCCAUGAUUCGGACAAUGUCCCGCCAAUUCAGUAUAAAGUCGUCAUGGACUACUUUGUACGGCGCAUCACCCUCUCUCACCCAGUCAGAGCGGGAGGAGGAGCCACCCUCCAGGUCUCAAUGACUCGCCGCCACCCUCCUCUCCCACCUCCUCUCCUGCCCUCCUCCUCUCCUGCCCCCCUCCUCGCCACUAACCACCACACUCUUGCUUCACCUCUUCCCAUCAGUGAGUACAAUACAAAAUGAUUUAGUUUAUUUGGAUGUAUAAUAUAUACUAUUUUCUUUAAAAAUUCCAUUGAAUUUAUGUAUAUGUAAUGUAUUUUAUGGGGCAAAGGGAGGCUGGGGAAUGUAACUCCCAUAUUUUGUCUAUUUCUUAUUGGGAAAAUUUAUUCCGUUAACGUCGCAGUUUUCAGGAAUGAAACCAAGAUGUUAAGCGAGGACUUACUGUACUAGAAUAGGUGCAUAUCUAAAUAAAACUUAAUUAUUACUAGCAACUCUUAUUUUAUGUAAUCAUGAUAAAUCACAAGCAAAUGCUUUAGCAUCUAUUACAAUGCCAUAUAGCAGCUAUUCAAACUCAGCAUAUCACGAGGACUGAAGUAACUUUUCUUUGUUUAUACUGACAAUGAUGUUCUAAAGUUUCCUCAUAAAAUUUCUUUUUGUUGAUUGGUGGAGGUUGGGCAUUCUUCCACAUAUCCAACAACCAUGGUUCAUAAAUAAUAAGUACAGAAUAUUUAAAACAGUGCUAUGUUUGGAAUAAAUUAUAAAUCUAUUAUAUAUUAGAAAGUCCCAAAUUAUUUGGGUCUGUAUAAAUCAAUAUUACACAGGUGUUUGUACGGGUGCAUGUUUACAGUUACCAACACUUUAUACUAUACCCAUCUUCACAGUACAGUACUAUUUAAUUGUAACUGCAUAUUUUUCUUGUCUAUCACAAACAGAAUAAUGCUAGUAUGGUAUGUACUGUACACUGAUGCCAUAAACCUUGAUACCUAUCUUGGAUACUGAACAGUGAGCAAUAAAGUGUGUUCACUGAUUAAGAUGCUUAUGUACUGUACAGUAAUAUAGGUUAUUCAAUUGAUAUAUUGUAUAAGUUUUAUUUCUUUGUAAUUUUGUUUCUCAUUUGCUGUACAUUGUGUUUUCUUGUCUUCCUGUCCAGCUUAUGUUUUACAAAACUUAUCUAUUUAUUCUUGAUGGGUCACAGUUGUAGUAUGGAUGCCUGUCCCAGGAAAAUAAUUGUUGUCCAAUUAAAAGUGAUAUCGUGUAAAUUA